CUAAGCCGUUCAUCUCAGGCUUCACACAACAAAAACCCAAAAUCAACGGCUCAGAUCACUCCGACUUCUGUUUCGCCUUUGCUACGCCACUACUUCUUCUUCUUCCUCUUCUCCGGUUUUAAAAAAUCACAAAAUUUAUAAAAUCACUUAAAAAUUCAGAAUAUAUUACUUCUCCUCCUUCUUCUUCAUCGCAUCUCUCUCACUCCACGUUUUCUUCGCUGAACCAUACAUAGCCGCCGGGUUAAGUGUUUUUAUGUAUGGAUGGAUUUAAGGGCAAAAGAACAUCAUCAAGACCGGUUAUGUCCAGGAAAGCAAGUGGUCUUGUUCUUCAUGAGAAUAUGAAUAUGAAGAAGAAAGAUGAUGAUGAUCAUCAUCAUAAUAAGAAGAGUGUUGUUCCUAUCUGCAGCCGGAUUGGUUGUAGUUCCAGGAUUGGUUCCUCCACUAAGGGAGUUUUGAUGAUUGAUCACAAAGCUAAAUCUACCGUGUCUUCGUUUCGGUCUUCUUUGAAUGGGAAGGAAACCGUUGGGAGUAGUUCAUCUCGAGGUAUGACUGGAUUUGGCGGUACGAAAAAGGCACUUCAAGUUACUGGUGGUAGGAGACAGCUCUCUUCUCUUUUAGACAUGGAUUCUUCAGAGAGUAGCAGUGUUAAUAAUGAUGAGUCUCCCAAGACUGAGCCUUCUCUUCCACGUGGAAAGACCAAAGAAAGCACUGUUAGUGUUCUUUCUGAAAAUACUGUCUCUGGAGAAGUAGUUGUGACAGAGGCAGGAAGCUCAAGUAGAGGAACUGGUAGAAGCAUUUAUCAGAGACCUGAUUUGGUCACCCGAGAGGCUCGUCUGGGUAACAGUGGCCAAAUUGGUAGAGCUAGUGUGAACAGGAAUGGGUUGAGAGACUUGAAGAGCAAAUCUGUUUCUGAUGUUGUUCCAUCAAACUCAAAUCCGACAAGAAAAAGUAUCGUAUUUAGAAAGAAAAACUCUGAUGGAGAGAGCAGUUCUUCAAAUAGAGGGAAUAAGACGGAAGGAUCAGUGAUUGGGGGAAGGAAUUCAAGUUUUCCUCAGGGUAAUGGCAUCACCAUAUCUGAAUCUAGGAGGAACAGAAAUUUACAAAGUGUUAGGGACAACAGUGUUGUUUCAAGUAGUGCUAGGAGAUCAACUGGUUACUAUGGUAGAACAGGACGUGCUGGAGCGGUUGCAACUCUACAAACGCCUCGCCCUGCAACACGAGCUGAUCUCAAUCCUUCUAGAUCUACAGAAGUUUCACGUAGUCCAUUAAAUAGUUACAGUAGGCCAAUCAGUAGUGACGGCAGGUUACGUAGCCUGAUGAUGCCUGGUAGCCCCUCAGAAGCCGGCCUUUCUCGCUCUUUGAUGAACCGUGAUGGUUUCAGACGGUAUAACAUGAAUGGAGUAGCAGAGGUAUUGUUGGCGUUGGAAAGGAUUGAACAAGAUGAAGAGCUUACAUACGAGCAAUUGGCUGUUUUAGAGACCAAUUUGUUCUUAAAUGGUAUGAGCAGCUUCCACGAUCAGCAUAGAGACAUGAGGCUUGACAUUGAUAACAUGUCGUAUGAGGAACUAUUAGCAUUGGAGGAGAAGAUGGGUACAGUGAGCACUGCUCUAAGCGAGGAAGCGCUACUGAAAAGCCUUAAGUCAAGCAUCUAUCUUCCAACAGAUGAAUCCGGCGACAUCUGCGUAAACAAAGAUGAUGAUGUCAAAUGCAGCAUUUGCCAGGAAGAGUAUGUUGAUGGAGAUGAAGUAGGGACUCUGCCUUGCCAACAUAAGUACCACGUGAGCUGCGCGCAACAAUGGCUCCGCAUGAAGAAUUGGUGUCCUAUCUGUAAAACCUCAGCAGAAGAAUCUCAGCCACAGCCAUUUUCAUGAUGAUGGAAUUUGCAGAGACACCAUCACCAAAGUGUUUGUCUCUCUGCUUUCCACCAUAUAUCUUGCUCUCUAUUAUUUGUACAUAAAAGGUUUUUCUUUCUUUUUUACUUACACACAAUUUGGGAACAAAUAGAAAAUAAGAUCAGGUGGACAAACUUUUCACCUGUAUAAAUUCUAAACAUUUCAGUUUCAACCAAAUAUUUUGGUUUAGUUCCAUAUUCCACUUU